UAAUCUUAUUGCAUUAAUCCGCGAUCACUACAAUACGUAAGUGUUGGUCGGUAAGACGCUCGUUGUGGUCCGUUUGACAGGCUAUAAUGGCCGUACGGAUAUUACAUGCGCUAUAACUUGUCGGCAGCGAUGGAUUAGCGCAUUAAAUACCAGGCGACAGGACCGUUCCGGCCGAUGUUCGGUUAGUUACCCAGAGUGGAAGGACGAAAUCGGGAGCGCAGGGCACUUUUCAUUGCAGAGAGGUCAUGAUCAGUACCGUUGAAGCCGGUACAACAGUGGGCAAGUGCUGCUGAUGCUGGGGGCCACACACAGAGGAGCGAACAUAUAUCACUGUGGAAUAGCUUACACUACACCAGCAAUACACCAAGACAGGUAACUCUUAACUCCUGUUCAUCUGAUAAAAACGAUUUUUCACGAAAUUUGACUCCGUCGCCAUGUCGGACCUGUGUUUGUUGUCGCCAUUAAAACGGAAGUUCAUUGAGAACUGGAUAAAUGAAGUGACUAGGAGUUACGCAGAUGGAUCUAUAUGUCGGGUCGUACUCAGCUCUAUCCCGUACGACCCAGACGAUCGGGAGGAGUGCGCUCGCCCCAACGAACGCACCUUACCGGACAAGAUCAUUCGUAUAUCUACCCACGACAAACACAAAAAACACGUGGAUUUUACAACAAGCAAUAACAGUCAGGUGCAACAGCUUCCUGCCGUGACAUUUUCAUACAUCCACGUUGACAAGCAUAAAAAGCAGGAUAACGGCGCCGUGCCGAUGUUUGGAUAUGAGAUGUACAAUGACAAAAAUAGAGACAAAAAUGAUCAAAGAGACGAUAACAAAAGGUUUAUUAUCGUCGAUCCUCAAAUGAUUAACCCUUCCAGUCAGACUGCGGUGGUCCGGAAGUCAGUGAUAAAACAACACGAAAAUGACUCUCCCCAAACUCGUGUAAACAGAGAGUCAUCGUUCUCGUUAAAGAAAGAAUCGAAGGACUUUUAUACAAAGUGUAAACUUCAUUCCAGUAAUAAAAAUGGUUUUGUGAUAUCUCGUUCUAAUUUCCGAAAUCAAGGCACGUGGAAGAAUCAUAGUUUUCUGGAUUUGCCAUUGAGAUUUAGGCAUGAUUCUCAGAAGGCUACAAGAGCCUCUCAGCUGACAAUACACUCCAAAGAAGCCACGCCGUCCGCCCAGCAGAAGGCAGACGGCAACAACACUUCACGCAGAAUCGACAGUCACAACCCAAAAAUGAUAACAACGGCUGUAUGGGCGUGGUGACAGCAUGUUCACAUGUAGUACAUGUAAGGAGACGUUAGGGGUCAUGCGACAGCACGUAAAUAGCGUUGGUGACAGCACGUGAGCAGGACGCGUAUGACUAUGAUGACUUGUUUGACAACAUGUGUAUAGUUUGGUAAGACGUUUGAACAGCCUUGGUGACAACGCGUGUAGAUCCAUACUGACUCGUUAGGGCGUUGGUGACAGUACGUAAAGCGACCUGGUGACAGCGCGUGAAGAGCCUUGGUGACAGCGCACGAAGCGCCUUGGUGACAGCGCACGAAGCGCCUUGGUGACAGCACGUGUAGAUUCAUGGUGACUAGUUAGGGCGUUGGUGACAGUGCGUAAAGCGACUUGAUUACAGCGCGUGAAGAGUCUUGGUGACAGCGCGCGAAGCGCCUUGGUGACAGCACGUGUAUGUCCGUGGUGGCUUAUCUGUCUGACAGUAUCCUUGUUUACGUAGUACUGAAUGACAAUGGUGUGAAAACCCGUGUAGGGUUGUAGGAACAUCACGUGCAAGGUUGUGGACGUGGACGUAUGUUUCAAUAUGGAGCACGUUACCUUAUACAUUAUACCUGUGAUAUGUGUUGGAGUUAAUUAAGGAUAUCUAUGUUACCUUACACAUUAUACCCACAUUUUGUACCAGUUUAGUUCAGUGUGUUUAUUUCAAGUAUCAUUAUUAAUAGUUGACAAUAACUCAGCGUUACCUUUUAUUUUAUACACAUUAUCAAGUCCAGAUAACUUCCUGAAAAAUAUGUACGGGUUUGUUUACAAUAGGCUAAAAAAGGCUGUGUGUGUUACCGUAAUAAGGUAAAUAUCGUCAGAGGUUGAAACUGUACAUUCUAUCUGUGGUGUGUAAUUGACCUUGUACUGAGAGAUGUCAAUUCGAACAGGAGAAUCAGGCUAACUUAAGAUACAUUUGUAUAAUGAAAGAAUAUCUUUUAUUAUUUGUGUAAGGGCAGCAUGGUAAAUUUACAAAACUUGUAAAACAUAACCGAUAGUUCACAGGUGUUUACAGUAAAGUUCGCUUGACCGCAACAGUGAUGGUUUCUAUAAUACCAAAUAAUAAAAUCACUUUACA